CUGGCCGGAUUAUCUUCGCCCUGAAGUAAGACUUAAAGCAAUCAUGAAAAAAUCAUUCUAUUUUCUUGCUGGGCUCUGCGCAUUCAUCGGCAUUCUGCAUACUUGCUUCACCAAAGAAGCUUAUCAGACCAAAGCAGUGAAUCUUCACAAUCAGUAUCGUCGAAAGCAUCAUGCACCAGCUCUACGGAUGGACAAUGAGCUCAACUCGUUGGCAGUGAAAUGUGCUGACUACUAUGCAAGGAAGGAAGCAAUAGACUUCUCUUGUCCUUACAAAGGCGAUGUCGGAGAAAAUCUGGCUAGUGUAGAUGGUGGUAACUGUAAUAGCAACCAACUUGCAGUGAGGGCGAGUAAGGGUUGGUACAGCGGAGUUAAAUUCUUCAACGACAACUACGCCAGACAUUAUCACGAAAUUUUGAGCUUUAUCCAAAUGGUUUGGAAAGAUACGCAGAAAUGCGGCUUCGGCUAUGCUCGAACGAUUAUUGUGUUUUUGUUGGUUUGUACAGUCCAAAGGGAAACUAUGUUGAUGGAAUUGAAGAAAAUGUUCUUGAGCCUUAGAUAAACUGGGAAAGACCAAUAAAGCAACCAAA